UAGAUUAUAUGACAGUCGGCAUAAAACAGUGGAUCGUAGUGUUUCGCUUUUUUUUCUCUCUACCGUUAUUUGUGAAUCUUUCACGGUAGCAAUGAAAAAAGCGCUGUUAUUAUUGUCGGUCCUGUUCUUUAUAGCAGAUAAUGAGGUAGUCCAAAGGGAGGAGGAAGCAAUUAAAUUAGAUGGAUUAAAUGUUGCUCAAAUGAAAGAACUUCGAGAAAAAGCUGAGAAGUUCAUGUUCCAAACUGAGGUCAAUCGUAUCAUGAAACUUAUCAUAAACUCUUUAUAUCGUAAUAAGGAUAUCUUUCUGAGAGAAUUGAUAUCUAACGCGUCAGAUGCGUUAGACAAGAUCAGACUGCUUUCACUUACCGAUAAAAACGUCUUGGAUACUAAUCCAGAGUUGGCAAUUUGGAUAAAAUCUGACAAAGAGAACAAGAUAUUGAGCAUAACUGACUCUGGUAUCGGUAUGACCAAGAAUGAAUUGAUCAACAAUCUUGGAACCAUUGCAAAGUCAGGAACAGCUGAAUUCUUAAGCAAAAUGCAAGAUACUUCCAACAAUCAAGAUUUGAAUGAUAUGAUUGGUCAAUUCGGAGUUGGUUUUUAUUCUGCGUUCUUAGUUUCCCACACAGUAGUUGUUACUUCGAAACAUAAUGACGAUAAGCAAUAUAUCUGGGAAUCUGAUAGUAGCAGCUACAGCAUUGUAGAACAUCCUAAAGGAGACACAUUGAAGAGAGGAACUAGAGUAAGCUUGCAUUUGAAAGAUGAGGCAUUGGAUUUCCUAGAGGAAGAUACCAUUAAAAAUCUUGUAAAGAAGUACUCGCAAUUUAUUAAUUUCCCUAUCUAUCUCUGGGGUAGCAAGGUUGUUCAGGUAGACGAAGAUGAUGUGGAUGAGAACGUUCCAGCUUCUAAGGAAGAUGAGAGCAAGAAAGAAGAGUCCGAAGACAAAGUGGACGAAGAGGAAGAUGCAAAAGUAGAAGACGCAGAGGAAGAGAAAAAGACGAAGAAGGUUGAUAAAACCAUUUGGGAUUGGGAGCUUUUGAAUGAUUCCAAACCGAUAUGGACUCUGAAACCGUCUGAAGUAGAGGACAAAGAUUACAAUGAUUUUUAUAAAGCAUUGACAAAGGACACUCAGGAUUCUCUAGCAAAGAUUCACUUCGUAGCAGAGGGUGAAGUCACUUUCAAGUCUCUUCUCUUCAUCCCUAAAGUACAACCAAGUGACAGCUUUAAUCGUUAUGGCACUAAAGCGGACAAUAUAAAAUUGUACGUCAGAAGAGUUUUCAUCACAGAUAAAUUCACAGACAUGAUGCCGAAUUAUUUGUCCUUCAUUCGUGGUAUCGUCGACAGUGACGACUUACCAUUGAACGUCUCUCGUGAAAAUCUGCAGCAGCACAAACUCAUCAAAGUAAUCAAAAAGAAGCUCAUUAGAAAGGUGUUGGAUAUGAUCAAGAAGAUUCCCAAGGACGAUUACGAAAAAUUCUGGAAAGAGUACAGUACUAAUAUCAAAUUGGGCGUAAUCGAGGAUGCACAGAACAGAGCUAGAUUAUCCAAACUCCUAUUGUUCCAGUCCUCCAUACAGAAAGACGCUACGUCACUGUCAGAGUAUGUGUCUCGAAUGAAGCCUAAUCAACAGUACAUUUAUUACAUUGCUGGUUCUUCCGAAGAGGAAGUGAAAAAAUCACCAUUCGUAGAGAGAUUAGACAAGAAAGGAUAUGAGGUUCUGUACCUUACCGAAGCUGUUGAUGAAUAUGCCAUUUCUGCUCUUCCUGAAUUUGAUGGCAAGAAGUUCCAGAAUGUAGCUAAGGAAGGCUUCUCACUUGACGAGGGGAAGAAGGCCAAGGAGAGGAUGGAACAAUUGAAAACUACCUUUGAACCAUUGGUCAAGUGGUUGAAUGAUAUUCUAAAGGAUCAGAUCAGUAAGGCUCAAAUAUCCGAACGUCUCACGGACUCGCCGUGUGCCCUAGUUGCUAGUAUGUUCGGAUGGACAGGUAACAUGGAGAGACUGGCCAUUUCAAACGCUCAUCAGAAGACUGACGACCCUCAGAAAAAUUACUACUUGAACCAGAAAAAGACCUUAGAAAUCAAUCCGAGACAUCCGCUUAUUAGAGAACUUCUGCACAGAGUCGAAGUUGAUAGCACUGAUCAAACAGCAAAGGAUAUCGCGUUAAUGAUGUUCAGAACAGCUACCCUUCGAUCUGGUUACAUGCUCAGAGAAACUGCCAGUUUUGCCGACAGCGUGGAGCAGCUGAUGAGGAAGACUUUAGGCAUUUCUCUAGACGAAGUUCCUGAAGAGGAAGAGUUGCAGGAGGAAGAAUCCGGCUCGACGGAGAAACAAGAGUCAGAGAAGGUCGUGGAUAUAGAUGCGAACGAAGAUGAACAAGAUGAAGAAAAACACGAUGAAUUAUAAUCGAGAAUUGUAUCACACGUUAGAUUAUAAUUUUCUAGUUGUAUGGCUAUACAAUGUAUAGUGAUCAUUAUCAUUGAAAGUGCAACUGGGUUGUUGCGAGCAAGAUGAAUUAUUGUACAUAGAAAAAGAGGGGAAAAAAAAGAACAAAGGAAGAAUAAUGAUCAUAUCCUUUGAUGAUAUUUUGCAACACUUUCACACUGUUUUUUGUAACCGUACUAUUACAAUCGUUCAUCAAAGGAUAUGAUAAUUAUUCAAGGAUAAGGAAAAGAGAUUUAUCGCUGAUUAAGUUUUUCAUCACGAUACAAUUGUAGUUUCGUUUUUGGUAAAGAUAAUUCUCAUAAUUUAUUUCGUUUGAUCUUCCAUUUUUUUUAUAUAAGUAAAGCAAAAGGAAUCACCGACUGAACCUAUUAAAUAUAUAUAUAAAUAUAUAGUAUGUUUGUGAUGCGAAUGAAUGUAUUUGUAUAAAGAAUAUUAAAAAAAAAAGAUUAUUCAGACAUCGUUAAUGCCUACGUUUCUUUUUAAAAAGAACUAGUGCCAGUUAAUUUCAAGGAGAAUAUAAUUGAUAAAAAAUAAAUUCGAUUUUUAUUUUUGUUAAGAAUGAAAGAACAAAAACGAUUUAACGUUUUCUUUAGCGUAAACAAUGAGAGAAUUUUUGAGACAUUUUUUUACAUUUAUCCCAAUCGGCAAGACAUUAAAAUUUGUAUUUAAUUUAAUUUAUUUAAUUUGUAUUUAAUUUAGUUUCUCGACUUUUUUUUGCGAUUGUAUAUUUUUGUUUCAAUUAAAAUUUUUUACUAUUUUUAGAAAUUUCGAUUAAGUUACGUUCGUAAAAAGAAGUUCCACUUGUUACACUUCGAAAAGAGUAGAGCUUUAUCGAACUAAUAAAAGAGUAGAGCUUUAUCGAACUAAUAAAAGAAAACCUUACGAACAAGAUAAUUUUUAGACAACAUAC